AUGGAGGAUUGGGAGGAGUGGGAGGUGGUUGAGCCAGAUCCAGAAGCUAUGGCGCCAACUACGGCGGAGAAGGUGAAGCUGGACGAGAAGAACAAGAAGGUGAAGGCACAUCUCCUUCAGUGCAUCCCGGACGACAUCCUGAUGCAAGUAGCCAAGAAGAAGAUGGGGAAGGGGGUGUGGGACUCGUUGAAGGCCAGAUUUGUCGCUUGGGGGAGUCUGGAUGAUGCGGCGCUGGUGAAGAAAUUGUUUGAUAUCGUGCCCGAUCACUACCUCACGGUCGUGGCAGGAAUCGAGCAAUUCUAUGACUUGAAGACCAUCGCAUUCGAUGAGGCUGUGGGACGUCUGAAGGCAUUCGAGGAGCGCACGGUGUGGAGAGGCGGCGGCGCCAGAACCCCAACUGGGCAGGUGAUGCUCACCCAGGCUGAGUGGGAGGCCAGGCAGAGAUCUGCUGGUGGUGACUCGUCUGGGAAAGGGAAGAGAGGAGAUGGAGGCAGCCGAGGUGAUCCAACUGGUGAUGUUUGGUACUUAGACAAUGGUGCAAGCAACCAUAUGUCUAUUGAUCGUCAGAAGUUCAGAGAUCUAAAUUUGGCCAUCAAUGGUAAGGUUCGUUUUGGUGAUGAUUCAACUGUUGAUAUCUUUGGUAGAGGUACAAUUGUAUUCCAAGGAAAAGGAGGUGAUCAGUGGGUAUUGUCAGAUGUUUAUUAUAUUCCUAAGCUUAGGAGUAACCUUGUUAGUUUGGGUCAACUGACAGAGUCUGGGCAUAGGAUUCUACUUGAUGAUGAUUUGCUUGAAGUAGUUGAUAAACAUUCUGACAGACUGAUUAUGAAAGUACCUAGAGCUGGCAAUAGAUUGUAUAAGAUUGAGUUGAGCAUUGCAGUUCCAAAGUGUUUGAUGGCUAGUAUUGAUAGUCAAGCUUGGCUUUGGCAUGGAAGAUUGGGUCAUGUGAAUUUUAGGUCUCUGAAACAAUUGGUGGGGAAAGGUAUGGCUACUGGGAUCCCUGACAUCAGUCACCCAGAGCAGAGAAAGCUUGUGGGAUACUCGAUAGUGAUCAUGGUGCGGAUAUACAUGGAGAGAAGGAGCACAGGAGGGAUGACUUUCUACUUGAAUGAGAAUUUGAUCACUUGGUGUUCACAAAAGCAAAAGACAGUCUCAUUGUCUUCUUGUGAAUCAGAGUUUAUGGCAGCAACAGCUGCAGCUAAACAAGCUUUGUGGCUCAGGAACCUUAUCAGUGAGAUCACAAAGGAAAGGCCAAAGGCAGUGACUUUGUUUGUUGAUAAUAACUCUGCAAUAGCUCUCAUGAAGAACCCUGUGUUUCAUGGUAGAAGCAAACACAUUGAUCUCAAAUAUCACUUCAUCAGGGAAUGCAUUGAGAGGGGGCAGAUUGUGGUGAAAAGAGUAGGCACCGAGGAGCAGAAAGCUGAUGUACUGACUAAAUCUAUGCCAGCAGUGAAGCUUGCUGUCAUGAGUCAUUUGAUUGGUGUCAGGGACCUUGAUUCUACCCUAACAAAGACCUCCGCGCUCAUUAUGUACGUCGCCGGCAUCGUCAAGGACUGGCUGCUCAUCGCCUUCUCGUGGACGGUCAUCAAGGACACCGUAACGCCUGUCAACCUCGUCGGCUACGGCAUCGCCUUCCUCAGCGUCGCAUACUACAACCACGCCAAGCUGGAGGCGCUCAAGGCCAAGGAGGCCGAGAGGAAGGUGGCGGCCACAGCGGUGGCCAAGUCGGACGAUGACGCGGAGGCAGGCGCGCGGCUGCUGCCACCGGGCAACAAGGACGGCGCCGGCGACAAUGGUGACCACAAAAACUGA